CCUUUAUAUUUAGACGGUGAAAAUAAGGAAGUCAUCUUCACAGUUCUAGGGUUCCAAAUCCAAUUUCCCCAAAUUCAAUUCCCUCCUUCUUUCGAUCUCUCUCCAAUCAAAUUCUGCAAUUCUAAGCAGUAAUUAGGGGUUAUUCCGAAAUCGAAGCUAAAAGAUGCCUCAAAGACACUCGAAGAACAACAAUGAUCUCGCGUUUUUCACCUACGAUGAGAAGCGAAAGCUAGGGUAUGGUACCCAGAAAGAGAGAUUAGGGAAAGACUCCAUUAAACCUUUCGACGCUUGUUGUCUCUGCUUGAAGCUUGUUAUUGAGCCUUUGUGUUGCCCUAAAGGUCAUGUAUUUUGUAAAGAGUGUAUCCUCGAAUGCUUGCUUUCCCAGAAGAAGGACAUUCAAAGAAAGCUAGCUGCACAUGCUGCACAGAAAAAGCAAGAGGUUGGAGAGCAAGAGGAGAAAUUGAUGCUUCAAAAGGCCCGAGAACUUGAGGCAUUUGAUCAGCAAAAUCACGGGGCAGUGCCCCAUCACAGUGAUAAAAAUUAUUCUCGUGAUAAGAAUGGUUUUCAUGGUGCAAAUAGUGUAAAGGCUACUUCUUUUGAAGAGGAAGCCUUGAGAACAAUGAAAGCUUUCUGGCUUCCUUCUGCUACUCCAGAAGCAGCGGCCAAAGUAGAGGCUCCUUCCACUAGCACAACUUGUCCAGAGGGAAACGAGAAGCUAAAGCUGAAAUCCCUUUUCCCCAUAUAUUUCACAGAAGAAAAGGGUGAGGACUACAAAUCCACGGCUUAUGACAAAAAACAUAUUUGUCCAAGCUGCAAGGUUACAAUGACAAAUGCAAUGUCACUUGUGGCUCUUAGCUCUUGCGGUCAUGUAUUCUGCAAGAAAUGCGCAGAUAAGUUUAUGGUCGUUGAUAAGGUUUGUCUAGUUUGCAAUAAGCCAUGUAAAGAGAAGAAUCUAGUAAAUUUGAAGAAGGGAGGUACAGGAUUUUCUGGUCAUGAUGAGAAUUUGGAAGCAAAAGAUUUCAAGCAUUUGGGAAGCGGUUCAGGUUUAGGGCUAGUAAGGCCUGCCCAGAAGGUUUAAGUUCAGAUUUUACAUGUAUGUAGUUGCAGAAAACAAUGCCUUUCAACUGCAGUUUCUGAAUGGCCGUAUAGCAAAUUUUCUUUUUCUGAGCUUUUGUAACUGUAUUAAGAUCUUAUUGUUUUUCUUGUAAUCUUUUAAUGUUAUGUGGCGAGUCAUAUACGGAGUAUCUGUUGUUUUCAAAUACUUAAAAGGCAAGGAUUUGUAGAUCCCACCCGUAGGAUGACAGGAAGCUUUGUGUAAUUGUGUUUUUAUUGUACUAUGUACGAAGUUAUGAAACUCUCA